AUGCUCGAGCGCCGCAAAGGCGCGUUUGCCCUGGACGGCCGGCUAGGCAAUCACCCGGCGAUGGCGCAGAUUCGAGUCAAGGAAGACGCGCGGCCGGUCGCCGUACCCAUGUACGGGACCUCCCCAGCCAAGAAGGAGGUCAUGGACGAACAGAUCAACAAAUGGUUCGAGCAAGAUGUGAUAGAAGACUCACGAAGUCCUUGGAGUGCGCCCGUGGUAAUCGCGUAUCGCAAUGGCAAACCGCGCUUC